GGCGCGCUGCGAGGCGCGGGAGCGCGCCGACGGCGGUGGCGGCAGUGGCGGUGAAUGUGGGGGUGGGGGGCGGGGAGCUUUGGUUGAGGCGACCGUGGCUCUUAGGCACCCUCGACUGGCGGCGGUGACGGCUCCUGGUGCGGCGGGGCGCUCGGCCAGCUUUCUAGUCGGAACGGAACACUUGGCCUCGCGGGCCCCGCCCGAAAAGUUUGCAGUGGAGCCGCGACCUCCUGGCCGGCGCGGCCCAGCAUGAAGCGGCGCUGAGGAGCCGCGGCGGCCGCCUGAGGAGGAGGCGCUGCACCCCGGGCCACGCCGAUGACUACUGCAAACUGUGGCGCCCACGACGAGCUCGACUUUAAACUCGUCUUCGGCGAGGACGGGGCACCAACGCCGGUGUCCCAGGUCUCGCGGCCUGCAGAUCUUGAACCAGAUGAUUGUGCAUCCAUUUACAUCUUUAAUGUAGACCCGCCUCCAUCUACUUUAAAUUCAUCACUUGGCUUACCACAUCAUGGACUGCUGCAGUCUCACUCUUCUGUUUUGUCACCAUCAUUUCAGCUCCAAGGUUUCAAAAAUUAUGAAGGAACUGAUGAUAUUUCUGAAUCUAAAUAUAGCUCAUUAAGUGGUCCUAAACCCUUUGAAUGCCCAAGUAUUCAAAUUACAUCCAUCUCUCCUAACUGUCAUCAAGAAACAGAUGCUCAUGAAGAUGACCUACAUGUAAAUGACCCAGAAAGGGAAUAUUUGGAAAGGCCUUCUAGAGAUCAUCUCUAUCUCCCACUUGAACCGUCCUACCGGGAAUCUUCCCUUAGUCCUAGUCCUGCCAGCAGCGUUUCUUCUAGGAGUUGGUUCUCAGAUGCAUCUUCUUGUGAGUCUCUCUCACACAUUUAUGACGAUGUGGACUCAGAGUUGAAUGAAGCUGCUGCACGAUUUACUCUUGGCUCACCUCUGACUUCUCCAGGUGGCUCUCCAGGAGGUUGCCCUGGAGAAGAGUCCUGGCAUCAACAGUAUGGACCUGGACAUUCCUUGUCACCUAGGCAAUCUCCUUGCCACUCUCCUAGAUCCAGUAUCACUGAUGAGAAUUGGCUGAGCCCCAGACCAGCCUCAGGACCCUCAUCCAGGCCCACUUCUCCUUGUGGUAAACGACGGCACUCCAGUGCUGAAGUAUGUUAUGCUGGCUCUCUUUCACCCCAUCACUCACCUGUUCCGUCCCCUGGUCACUCGCCUAGAGGGAGUGUAACUGAAGAUACCUGGCUCACUGCUCCUGUCCACACUGGAUCAGGCCUCAGCCCUGCACCGUUUCCAUUUCAGUACUGUGUAGAGACUGACAUCCCUUUGAAAACAAGGAAGACUUCUGACGAUCAAGCUGCCAUACUACCAGGAAAAUUAGAGGUCUGUUCAGAUGAUCAAGGGAGCUUAUCCCCAUCCCGGGAGACAUCAGUAGAUGAUGGCCUUGGAUCUCAGUAUCCUUUAAAGAAAGAUUCAUCUGGUGACCAAUUUCUUUCAGUUCCUUCACCUUUUACCUGGAGCAAACCAAAGCCUGGCCACACUCCUAUAUUUCGCACAUCUUCAUUACCUCCAUUAGACUGGCCUUUACCAACUCACUUUGGACAAUGUGAAUUGAAAAUAGAAGUGCAACCUAAAACUCACCAUAGAGCCCAUUAUGAAACUGAAGGUAGCCGAGGGGCAGUGAAAGCCUCUACUGGUGGCCAUCCUGUUGUGAAGCUCCUGGGCUAUAGUGAAAAGCCAAUAAAUCUACAGAUGUUUAUUGGAACAGCCGAUGAUAGAUAUUUACGACCUCACGCAUUUUACCAGGUGCAUCGCAUUACUGGAAAGACAGUUGCUACUGCAAGUCAAGAGAUAAUAAUCGCCAGCACAAAAGUUCUGGAAAUCCCACUUCUACCUGAAAAUAAUAUGUCAGCAAGUAUCGACUGUGCAGGUAUUUUGAAACUCCGCAAUUCAGAUAUAGAACUUCGAAAAGGAGAAACUGAUAUUGGCAGAAAGAAUACUAGAGUCCGACUUGUAUUUCGUGUGCACAUCCCACAGCCCAGUGGAAAAGUCCUUUCUCUACAGAUAGCAUCUAUUCCUGUUGAGUGCUCUCAGCGAUCUGCUCAAGAGCUCCCUCACAUUGAGAAGUACAGUAUCAACAGCUGCUCUGUCAAUGGAGGCCACGAAAUGAUUGUGACUGGAUCUAAUUUUCUUCCAGAAUCCAAAAUCAUUUUUCUUGAAAAAGGACAAGAUGGAAGACCUCAUUGGGAGGCUGAAGGAAAAAUAAUCAGAGAAAAAUGUCAAGGGGGUCAUAUUGUCCUUGAAGUUCCUCCCUAUCAUAACCCAGCAGUUACAUCUGCUGUGCAGGUGCACUUUUAUCUUUGCAAUGGCAAGAGGAAAAAAAGCCAGUCUCAACGUUUUACUUACACACCAGGUACAAGAGUUUUGAUGAAGCAAGAACAAAGAGAAGAUACUGAUUUGUCUUCAGUUCCAUCCUUGCCUGUGCCUCAUUCUGCCCAGACCCAGAGGCCUUCCUCAGAUACAGGGCACCCCCAUGACAGUGCAUUGUCUGCACCAAGAAGCUUGAUUUGUCCAGUGCAGCCAGCAUAUGCAUCUAUGAUAACCUCCACCCAUUUGCCACAGUUGCAAUGUAGGGAUGAGGGUGCUGGCAAAGAACAGCACAUAAUACCAUCUUCGGUCAUGCACCAGCCUUUUCAAGUUACACCAACAUCUCCUAUGGGGUCUUCCUAUCAGUCUAUACAAACUAAUAUGUAUAAUGGUCCAACUUGUCUUCCUAUGAAUCCUGCCUCUAGUCAAGAAUUUGAUCCAGUUUUGUUUCAGCAGGAUGCAGCUCUUUCUAAUUUAGUAAAUCUUGGCUGUCAACCACUGUCACCAAUACCAUUUCAUUCUUCAAAUUCAGAUGCAACAGGACAUCUUUUAGCUCAUUCACCUCAUUCUGUGCAAACCCCACCUCAUCUGCAGUCAAUGGGAUACCAUUGUUCAAGUGCAGGACAAAGAUCUCUUUCUUCUCCAGUAGCAGCCCAGGUCACAGGUCAGCCUUCUUCCCAUUUACAGCCUAUCACAUAUUGUCCUUCACAUCCAGGGUCUGCUACAGCAGCUUCCCCAGCAGCCUCUCAUGCUCUUUCUAGUUCACCGAUUUCUGGGCCACCGUCCCCUCAGCUGCAGUCUAUGCCUUACCAAUCUCCUAGCUCAGGAACUGCCUCAUCACCAUCUCCAGUUACCAGAAUGCAUUCUGGACAGCACUCAACUCAAGCACAAAGUACAGGGCAAGGAGGUCUUUCUGUACCUUCAUCCUUAGUUUGUCACAGUUUGUGUGACCCAGCAUCGUUUCCACCUGGUGGUGCAGCUGUGAGCAUUAAACCUGAACCUGAAGAUCAAGAACCUAACUUUGCAACCAUUGGUCUACAGGAUAUCACUUUAGAUGAUGUAGUGAUGUUGUCUUCUUUGACACAGACCAGUUUAUGUCUGACUUGGAACACCAGCCAUCAGGUUCAACAGAGAAAUGGCCUAAUCACAGUGAGUUCUCAUGUCCAGUUCCUUUCUGGCGAAUCUAGAGGGUGGCACUGUGGGAAACCAAAAGGGAGAACUUUCCCAGAGGAAUUCAAAGUAGGAAAAGUUAGAAUAAGUGAACGAGAUUAUUGGAAGAGACAUGUCCCAGAUUACUGUUUCCCAAGGCCCAGAGGUGAUCAGAGAUGCCCCUCUCCCAGGUCCGGAGUCUCCAGAUGUUAUGAGCUCUAACAGUGCUCAGUGAAGCUUUGUGCCCACCACCAACUGCUCUGACUGCUUCUCUCCUGGAACUUAAGUUUCCAACCAGACUUCAGAAUCUGUCGCAGAAGUUGGAUUCACUGUGGGAAAAGCAGCAUUCCUUCACCUUAAGCCUUGGGCAGAUUUUGUAAAGAACAGGAACAGCAUCAGCUGUUUAAGCUGUGGGAAAUGAGCUUUGCUUAUAUAUAUAUAUAUAUAUAUGUAUGUAUAUAUAUAUAUAUAUAUAUAUAUAUAUAUAUAUAUAUAUAUAUAUAUAUAUAUAUAUAUAUAUAUAUAGGAUACUUUUAUAUGAUGGGUGCUUUGAGUGUGACUGCAGCAGGCUCUCUCUCAGAGGUGCUGCUCUUGCAGGUGACCUGGUUGCAUAGCUAGGAUUAGUAAUUUGUACUGCUUUCUGGUCAUUUGAAGAGCCCUUUAGUUUUGAUAUUUUUAAAGUAGAACUUUUGAUAAAAUCUUCCAGAUGCAGACAAAAAAAAAUUAUCCUAAGCCCACACUUACACCUCAGAAACUUAGCAUGCAUCCUGAAGCCUUUCAUAGAUUCAUAGGAAAAAGCCAAAUGUAGCUCACGCUCUUUAUAAAAUAAAGUGUUGGGUAAAUUGAGAAGACCAUUCCAUCAUUGAAGUUGGGAUAUGAUACAUUCCAGAGCGUAGCCUUUUGUAACUUAGGUAGCUAUCAGGCAGUUUUCCACUAGCAGUUCCUCCAUGGUCAGGCUUUUUCUUCCCUCAGGACCUUGGGUAAAAUGGUCAUUCAUAAGGUGAAUUUCAAAGGUAGGGUUUUAGCUUAGGUGGUUAUUUUCUACCUAACUUUUUAAGUGGGAGUCUCUGCCUUUAGUCUAUAGCCAUUGAAGCCACUGUCCCACUAGUUUAAAGCUUUGCAGGUUUUUUAACUCCUUGAGGCCAGGCCAGCAGUGGAAGGAGCUAAGUACGAGUGAGCUGUGUAAUAGGAGAGGCAGAGAAAAUAAAAUGCAGGACUCCAGUUGAGAAAGGCCUUAAGAUUUACAUGGCCUGUCAAUAGCCUGCAGUGAUUCUGUCCCAUGGUGUCCUGGCUAUGUGACCUAUAAGCCAGCCUUUCCUCCACAAGGCAUUGAGACACAUCCAGAAAUAAGGUGGCAUCAUAGACCUGUCCUACACCAAAGACACAGUGGUGCUGCUGCUGCUGCUGGUGAGAUCGGUGUCCAAGGCAGGGGCCAGCAGAAAUUCCAGCCUGCUGUCUACCAAAGGACUGUUCUCAGACCCUGCCUUUACCCUUCCCUUUUAAAGUCCCUGAAUUUUACAGUUUGUUUUCAAAUGAAAUAGUGUACUUUCAUUCAUUCAGGAAGCAAAUUGAGUGCCUAUGAGACGUAAUGUUACUCUAGGUGACUGUGACCCUUGAUGGUAGGGGCCUUCUUUACCAAGGCUCUAUCAGCCUAAGCAGGAGCUGGCCUAUUGCCUACCAACCCUAGUAAGCAGGGUAGGAGGUACUGAUUCAAGAUGAGAGAAGUAUAUGUUUGUUUUUAACACAAUGAUUUGCAUUUCUCCCCUAAAACUAUUUAAAGAGUCUCAUCAGCAAAUUGCUCUGGCCACUCUUGCAGCUAGAUAUUUUCCAAAUUUCUCUGAAAGUGAAUUUUAUUUGUGACUGUGGAUAGUGACAUUUGCUUUAGAAGCCCGAUGGUUGGUAGCCCACAGCCUCCUUUCAAGGGCAUUGGCCUCUCAGGUGAACUUGCAGACUUGGCCAAAUUUGCUUCCUCUUUCCCCUGGGGCAGUUGCCUCAUAUGGGGUCAUUGCAAGACCCCUCGGGGUGCUGCUUUGCUGCCUUCAAGAAUAAAAGCCUCUAUGAUCCAGACUUGCUAUGCACCAAAUUUUGAUGCCUUUUAAAUACCUUGAUGCCUGUAGCAUUAGAAAUGCUUUCCUAUUUAAAACAGGUUAGAUUUUAAAAUAGAGCUUUGUAUUCUGUGUAAUGGUUUUAUAUUAGCUUUGUAUAAGCUUUCAUGUAAGAGUCAUAUUUUUUGGUUUUGUAGAUAAAGACUUAAAUUUUUGUGCAAAUUAGUGGUGGUAAAGCACACAUCCAUUGGACUAUGCAAAUUGAUUUCUAGUAGCAGCACUGAGCAACUGGGCAUUUGCUAGCACACACCCUUUCCUCUCACCUGUACUAGAACUUGGGUUGAGGAAUGAAGGAGCAGCCUUCUGUUUACUAGAAAAAUGUUUGGGUUCACAUGUGGUGCUGCUGCCCUGGGUACAACCCACCUAUACCCAGGGCCAGCCAGUAUCACCAGACCUCUGCUGGGCCCAGCCACCAAGCCCAGUUUUUAAUAUGUAGAACACAUGGGCUCAAGUUGAAACCUUGUGUUUUAUAGAACGGAUGUGUAGGUGAAGAAAUUGGAUUUUGGUUAUGUUUACAGCACUUGGGAUUGUGUUUUCUUGUACAUUUUGUAUUUUAAAAUCGUUUAUAGGAGUGCAGUGCUCCUUAUACAAAUACAAAGGGAAGAUGAGCCAGCAGUUCAGGCUCCUCCUCAGUUACAGUGCUGAAAUAAUAAACAGUGACAGAUCAA